GCGGCAAUCCGCUUUGCGUGCUACCGGCACAUAGGUCUGGUUCGUUCCUCAAGCUUUCAACAUCAGUCUUUUGUAAAUCCUAUUUCUGUUCAAAUGAUAUUUAAUCCAAAGUUCUCAUUCGAUACUCCUGAUGUCACACCAGUUGUGGAUGCUCAAAAUCUAUCAUUUCCCCAUAUAUCAAUUAAUAGAUUAGUAGAUACCUUAAUAGAGACCUAUCGCAAAGACAUAUGCUCCGACGAAAGUGUUGAAGUUUGCAGCGAUGCUAUUCCACCAGGAGUUUUAGAAGAUGAAAGUUCCACUACUCAGUUUACAGACAUCGUUCGAGAUAAAAGUAAUCGUGUUCGCAAGAAAAAGGAUGAGUCAGAAAAAUUUAAUUUUGCUCGUGCUGUUACAAAAUACAAGCAGGUGUCGUCAUUUAUAGAACUCAGUUUAGCUAAACCAUUACUUAAAUCACUUACUGAAAUGUCCUUAGACAAACCAACUCCUAUCCAGUGCGCAUGCAUCCCUGUUGCCUUACUUCACCAUGACAUAUGUGCUUGUGCCAGGACAGGGUCCGGUAAGACGUUAGCGUUUUUGCUGCCUAUUUUGGAGAGACUAGCAAAAAAGCCAACUGAUUUUAACCAUGCAGUUACUCGAGCCCUUGUGAUCAGUCCGACUAGGGAGUUAGCUGUGCAGAUUUUCAACGUCGCCGAAAAACUAGUUAAAUAUUGUCCAAAGCUCAGGAUUCAGUUAGCGGCUGGAGGACUUGAUUUACACUCACAGGAGGCUUCCUUGAGAUUGAAUCCUGAUUUAGUAAUUGCAACACCGGGACGUCUGAUCGACCACCUCUCAAAUGCUCCUAGUUUUAACUUACAACACAUCGAAUACCUUGUAUUGGAUGAGGCUGACAAGCUUUUAGACGAAUACUUUGCAGAGCAAAUAGGAGAAAUUAUUAAAUUCUGUAGCACAAAACGACAGACCUUGCUAUUUUCUGCUACAAUGACAGAAAGUGUUAAAGAACUUGCUAUACUUUCGCUUCGCGACCCAGUACAAAUAUUCCUCAAUCAAGCAACUGCUGUAGCCCAAUGUUUACAUCAAGAAUUUGUUCGCAUCCGUCCACAUAGAGAGGAUGAUCGACGAGCGAUCGUCGUAGCCUUGCUGGUGCGUCAUUUUCGUAAACGGACCAUAGUUUUCUUACCAACUAAGAAGGAUUGUCACAAAAUGCAUAUUAUGUUAGGUUUGCUUGGUCUUUCAUGUACUGAGUUACAUGGCAAUAUGACACAAGCACAGAGGUUGGAGGCUUUGAAGCGUUUCUCGUAUGUUGGUGCAAGUGAUGAAUGUAAAAAUAAAAGCGCAACUGAUCAGCUUUCUGAAAUGAAUAAACAUGACAUACGCCCUGUUGAUAUUCUUUUGGCAACUGACUUAGCAUCAAGAGGUUUGGAUAUUCCCAAUGUACAAACAGUUAUCAAUUAUACUUUACCUCAAACUAUGAAACAGUAUGUACACAGAGUUGGUCGUACCGCUAGAAUUAUGAAUGUUGGUCGAGCAGUGUCUUUAGUGGGUGAGGAUGAUCGCAAAGUGAUGAAAGAAAUAAUGAAACAAGCACCUUAUCCGGUAAAAGCACGAGUUAUAGCAUCAGAUGUUAUUGCUACUUAUCAGUCCAAAAUUACUCGCUUGGAACCUAUAAUUGGAAAAAUCUUGGCUGCAGAAGCUGAGGAGCGAGAAUUGAGGGCCGCUCAAAGUCAACUAUCCAAGGCUGAGGAGUUAGUUACUUGUAUGAAGUCUGAAACGGCACCGCUCUCAUGUGUGGAAAGGAGAGUAGACUGGUUCGCUGAACGUAAACGUGAAAAGAAGACUAUUGGUCGAAAACUCAAGGUGUCUCAGUCGAAAAAGCGCAAAAUCAGUUGUGAUAGUGAUUCUGAAUAAUACUUAUUUCAGUGUAAA